AUGCAAAAGUGCGGCUCAAGGAUCCUCCAGCAAGUGCGCAACAAGUCCAAGCGGUAUGUGCCCGGCCUGGCCGAGAUUCUUCUCACCCGGCGCGACUCGGCCGGAGUGCUGCCGAUUUACCGGCUGGUAGAGUACGCCCGCAGCCUGCGGUUGCCUGAUGAGAUCUUCGAAUUGCCGUUGAUCCAAGAGAUGGAGAUACUGGGCAUGGACAUGAUAGCCAUCUCAAACGAUAUGCUUAGUUAUCUCAAGGAAGAAGUAGGUGAUCGUAAUGGUUGGUCCGAUAGCACUUACUCUGGCAUCGACUCCAUGCGCCCGGAAAGCUCUGAGCUGACACAACCUCUUCGUUUCUGA